AUCGAUUCUUAUUUCUUGGUAGAGAUGAUUCCAAGCAGAGCAUCGCGAUCUCUUCUGCUGCUUUUGCUCCUCUUCUCCUCCAUGCUUCUCCGAGCUUCCUCGCAGACCAACGCCACCGCAUCAGCGACACAUGUGGAGGAGAGCACAAGAAGGGAAGUCGCGGCGGUGAGGGAGUUGAGAGACGGUUCUCCCGGUGUCAACGGUGGCAUCGGUGGUCGAUCACCCGUAACCAGAGGUGGCGGCGGCGCUGUAGCUGGUAGGAAUGGCGGCCACAGUGCUGCAUGCAGCAGCUAUGGUCGCCAUGUCGCCAUCACUUCUCUUGCCUUCGCUAUUGGCGCUGCCAUUGUGAAUUCCAUGUAGACUUCUUCUUGUCGUUGCAACAGAGAGAGUCAUACUCCCGCUUGCAAGAAUGCAAGAGAGAAGAAAAAGAUCUGUUAUAUUAUCAUUAUUAUUCCUUCUUUUAUAUCUCUUUAUAAGGUGCAAAGUGAAUCUGAUACAGUAAACCUUAAAUUCCUGUGAUAUAUAUAUAUAUAUAUAUAUAUAUAUAUAUAUAUAUAUAUAUAUAUAUUGUGAUUUAUUAAUGAGUUGAUGUGGUCGAUAUGGUGAUUGCCAAAGGAGUUUGACUCGGUUUGGGAUCAUGUACACAAGAAAUCCGACGUGGUCAAGGAGGUGGCUGAGGAGAAAAGAUACAAUGAUGUACACUCCCAUAUUGAUUGCAUCGCAACGUAUGGAAUUAUGAUUGGUGUAAAUAUUUCUCCUAUUGAAAGUAAAUUCUCAACUUCAAUGACUUUGCACAGUAACAAAGCAACCAACUCCUAAAAGGUCUGCAUAGUCAUACCAAUGAAAGCAGAUAACUUGUGAGAAUAAUUAAUGGACUAGAAUGUCAUGGUGAGAUGCCAACAAUGAUGCAAAAUAGAUGAUGAUGAUGAUGAAAGCAGCUUUGGAAUUGCAGAACCAGCAGACCUGAGUAAAAGGAAGAAGAAAAGAUACUACUUCGACAGCCAUGAUAGCAGCAAUCAAGGUCCAAUUCAUGUGUUGUUUCUCACCAUGAACUUGGUGACUUCUCUUCUAAUCCCUUCUGGCUUUUGCAGCAUCAUUAGUUUUGUAGCAUCAGACACACAGUUUCUGCUCUGCAAUAGAGGAGGAAAGGUUAGGAGUUGCCCUUCUCUAAUGGAAGAAGCAGGAGGAAGCUCAACAUCUUGUUUGGAGUUGAAUGCCCAUUUUUUAUAUCCAGAGAUUGUGCAGUUUGUUUAGCUGUAGAUCUACUGCCAUGCUGCUGCUAUCACUGACUGCAUGUAUGAUUUGGUCAAAGGUUUAUGUUGGGAAUGGCAAGUCUGUCAUCAUGGAUGAUCAGUGAAUGAAGUGAACUUGAAGCAAGAACAAUGGCAAGCCAGAAGGGAAUCGUGAGGAUCACACAACUGUUCUUGAGUGGGAUAGAAUGAUCAAACAGUAAGUAAAGCUCUUUAGAUAAGUCUAUUGAUUGUUCUUUCCAAUGGUGGCUUACCUACCCAAGCACUACAGAAGAGAAUGUCCCUUGCAAGGAAUCUCCUCUGAGAAGAAAAGCUCCAUGAGUGCCUCUCUCCUUUUUCCUCUCCCCCUUUGGCAUCCCACCCAGCUGUGCUGUUGGAUCAUUAAGCUGCCUGUUAGAGUUAGGCCAUAUGUGUUUCCCCCCCCCCCACCUUCUUCCUCUUUCUGCAACUGCGCCUGCAGAAUACCUUAUCGAAGCCCACAAGAUGAUAAAAUACUACAUUAAUUGAGAUGCUGCCAGAUCUCAUCAACACUCGUGCCUUUAUGGUGAACUAAUAAGCCAAGAAAUCCACAAUAUGAUGAUCUGGAUUUCCAUGGUGGGAUAAAUCUAAGCUGCAAAUUGCAGCCCAUUCUAUUGUUUGCUUAGAUUGUGUCCUGUUCAGCAUGUGCAUCACACAGAGAACAAGUUCUUGACAACAUCUCUCUCUCUCUCUCUCUCUCUCUCUCUCUCUCUCUCUCUCUCGACCUUUUCAUUAAAGUAAACUUCAUCCUGAAGACACACUGUGGUGCUUAUAAUCUUAUCCUCAUGGCCAAACCUCAAACCAACAACAUCAUCAUAUCAAAAAGUCUAAAACUGGGUCAUAGCUCACAUAGCUCACCAACAGAAGCCACGAACUAACAUAGCAAUUAGUAGCUAAAUGUAGUGCAUUCAAUGUCAUUCAUUUUCCUAGACAAACAAGUAGGCAUCAGAUCCAAAAUCCCCCUUUCAUCCUCCCUUCUUCUUCUCUCUCUCUCUCUCUCUCUCUCUCUGCAAUAAUAAACGCCAGAAAAGAGCGAAGAGUCCCUCCAACCUUCAAAUCUACUGCUGAUGGUUCAUUCCCUGCCCUUCUUCCGCUCUUGCUUUUCCACCUCCAAAAGCCCCCCUUAAUUGUUUCUUUCCAUAUCCCCUUCCACUCACCAUUCUCUUUCUCCUCCUAAAGCCCCCAAAGCCAAAGGCAAAGCCAAAGCCAGCCCGGGAAAGGGAAGAAGAAAAUAAAUAACAAGCAAAGUUAUGAUUCUCACGUCCCACCACUCCAAAUCCUUCCUUGAAUCCAACUCCAUCCCAGAAAACUCCUCAGCUCCCAUAGUCCAUCUCUUUCUCCCAGCUGGAGGAGGAGUAGCAGUGCACAUAUCCUAAAAAUCCAAUCCUUUUCCAGCCAUUGUUCUAAAAAUCCAAUCUUUAGUCAGCCGUCGUUCUCAAAAUCCGAUCUUUGUUUCUGGUUUUCCUUUUUCUUAAUUCGGUAAACGUUGUUUGGCCCACCCCAACAUCCUCCACUUCUGUUUCCCAUAAUACCGAGCCAUGGCUGAGGUACUCCAGUCCCCUUCGCAUUUCCCUUCGUCUCCAAGACGCACCCUUUCUUGCGACCCGAAUGAUGCCUCCAAUGGGCUUUUAAGCCCUUCCAAUAGCGGCGGAGAGGGUGCAGAGAAGGAGGAGGAGGAGGAGAGGCAUAGUGGUGCCGGUGGUGCGAUAGAGAGGAAGAGGGGAAGGAAUAGGAGGGGAGGAGGAGGAGGAGGAGGAGGAGGAGCGGAGGUCGGGAUCGAAGGGGAGGACGAACGACAGCAACUCUCUGUGUUGGCAUUGCUGCUAACAGUGCUCCGGAAGUCACUGCUGAGGUGCAAAACGGAGGGCGCCGGCGACGAGGAUUUCGGCUCGAUGGACAUCGGGUGCCCCACCGACGUGCGGCACGUCGCCCACGUCACCUUCGACCGCUUCCAUGGCUUCCUCGGGCUGCCCGUCGAGUUCGAGCCGGAGGUUCCCCGCAGAGCCCCCAGCGCAAGUGCGACCGUCUUCGGUGUUUCUACUGAAUCUAUGCAAUGUUCAUAUGAUUGUAGAGGCAAUAGUGUUCCAACCAUACUUUUGUUGAUGCAAAGACGGCUGUAUGAGCAAGGAGGUCUUCGGGCAGAAGGAAUUUUCAGAAUCAAUGCUGAGAACAGCCAAGAAGAACAUCUCAGAGAGCAGCUAAACGACGGAGUAGUGCCAGAGGGUAUCGAUGUGCACUGUUUGGCAGGUUCAAUAAAGGCUUGGUUUAGGGAACUUCCGACGGGGGUGCUCGACUGGCUUUCAUCCGAGCAAGUGAUGCAAUGCCAAACGGAAGAAGACUGUGGUAGGCUUGUCAGGUUGCUGCCGCCGACAGAGGCUGCUCUUUUGGAUUGGGCUAUCAAUUUGAUGGCUGAUGUCGUCCAAGAAGAAGAACAAAACAAGAUGAAUGCACGCAACGUUGCCACGGUGUUUGCCCCCAACAUGACUCAGAUGGCAGAUCCUUUGACUGCGUUGAUGCAUGACGUCCAAGUGAUGAAUUUUCUGAGGAUGCUGAUCUUGAGGACGCUGAAAGAUCGACGACGAGAAUCUGCUGUAGUGGAUGCCGCUGUCUGUGGCGCAGAUCCUUCCGAUGACGAUGGUCAUCAGAGCCCUCGGAUGCAUCACGCUGCUUGUAGCGAAGAAGCAACGGAACGAGCACACGUUGCCGAGGAGGCUGUCUUGGAUAGUCUCCCUCGAAUUGCUACAGAAGAAGAAGAGGCAGCUCGGAGUUCGCAUGACGAUGCGGCCUUCUUCUCUGAGAACGCAGCUGGUUCGUCUACCGGCCACGAAUUCGUCGCUAGUGCUCCUAAGUCAGUUCAUACGAAGUCAGGCAAGUCGAACAGCCAAAAUCACAAGAAAGGAAGAAAGACGAAGAGAGAGUCUACCGAUCGAGCUUCCUUACCAGCUGAUAAGUUGAACGGGAUCAGCAACGUGAGUCGAAUAAAUUCAAAGAUCGAGCGUGUGGAAGCAUGGAGGUGAAGCUGCUCUGUCUCUCUCUCUCUCUCUCUCUUCUUGCCCCUCUUAAUUUGCAUGUGAUUGAUCGAAGGUCUCGGUAUGUGUAUUUGCUAUGGAUGUUUGCGUACCUAUUCAGAAUAUAACUUCCUGCUCUAAACGUUGCUGGGUUUGCGAGCGAGCGAUAUGCAUUAGACGAGUGCACGAUCCUUCUGCGUCUCGUUGCGAUGUACAGCUGCAUGUUCAUGGAUUUAUACCUGCACGAUCGAAGC